GUUCGUGUUGCGCUAUACGUGCAUUAUAUGUGAAUCUGUACACCGGCUGUCUGUCGUACGCCGUAUAGCGAGUCAGUCUCUCAGUUUUUAAAGUAGCAAGCAUGGCUAGUAUGGCUACAAUUAGAUUAUUGAAACGUAACUCUUUAGUUUCUUUAUAUAAUAAACAAAGACAUAAAAUCAAUUACAGUUCACAAGAAAAUUUUCAAUCUGAUUCAAGCUCUUUGCAAAGUUCUGAAACUGCAGCAACGUUUUCUAAUGGAAGGCAAAUAAAGUUUUCAACAGGAAAAUUAGCUCGUUUAGCUGAUGGAUGUGCAAUAGCAACUUUAGGAGAAACAUCUGUAAUGGUUACAACAGUCAGUAGAUCUCAUGCUUCUAGUACAUCAUCUUUUGUACCUCUGGUUGUUGACUACAAACAAAAAGCUGCAGCAGCUGGACGCAUUCCAACUAAUUUUUUAAGAAGAGAGCUUGGUCAGACUGAACAUGAAAUAUUGACAAGUAGAUUGAUAGACAGAUCUUUGAGGCCUUUAUUUCCAGAGAAGUAUAACUAUGAGACACAAGUAAUAUGCAACAUGUUAGCUUUAGAUGGAAACAACGACUCUGAUGUACUUUCUAUCAAUGGAGCUUCCGCUGCUUUAGCAGUAUCAGAUAUCCCAUGGAAUGGUCCAAUUGGUGCUGUGAGAAUUGGUUUAAUAGAUAAUGAAGUAAUAAUAAAUCCUACUCGGCGUGAAAUACAACAAAGUUCUUUAAAUCUUAUUAUAACAGCUGCACAGCAUAAUUUAAUUAUUAUGAUGGAAGGAUCAGCCAAUAAUGUAUUGGACCAAGAUAUGAGAAAAUCUAUAAAAGCUGGAGUAAAGGAGUGUCAAUCUAUAAUCCAAGCAAUUGAAACACUUAGGAAAAAAUCUGGCAAAGUUAAAAGAAUAGUAGAGCCACCGGCAGAGCUUCCAGAAGAUAUUAAAGAAUCAGUAGAAUCUUUAUCUGAAAUGAAACUUCGUGAAAUAUUUACAGAUCAUAAACAUGAUAAAUUAUCCAGAGAUAUUGCUCUCAGUAAUCUUAGGAAUGAUGUAUUAACUACUAUGAAGUCAAAUUAUUCAGAUCUAGAUGUGGCCUUAACUGCAGAAGCUUUUUCAGACUGUAGUAAAAAAAUUUUCAGAUCUCUUAUAUUUGAAUCUGAUCGCAGGUGUGAUGGAAGAAAAUUGAAUGAUAUCAGAAAUAUUUCAUGUCAAAUAAAUUUAUUUAAACCUCUUCAUGGUUCUGCACUAUUUCAAAGAGGUCAAACUCAAGUGCUUUGCACUGUAACCCUGGAUUCACCAGAUAGUGCUUUAAAAAUGGACACAAUAUCAUCAUUAGCAAAUGGUGUAAAAGAAAAGAACUUUUUUUUACACUAUGAAUUUCCACCUUUUGCUACUAAUGAAACAGGUAGGACUGGUCCUGUAGGUAGAAGAGAAACAGGUCAUGGAGCUUUGGCUGAAAGAGGGUUACGAGCUAUUUUACCAAAAGAUUAUCCAUUUGCAAUUAGAUUAACUAGUGAAGUUUUAGAAUCCAAUGGAUCAUCAUCAAUGGCAUCUGUAUGUGGUGGCAGUUUAGCUUUGAUGGAUGCUGGUAUUCCAGUUACUACACCUGCUGCUGGUGUUGCUAUAGGAUUAGUUACAAAAUAUGAAAAGGAUACAAGGCAUCUGGUGGAUUAUAGAAUCCUCACAGACAUACUUGGACUUGAAGAUUAUUUAGGCGACAUGGAUUUCAAAGUGGCUGGUACCAGGAAAGGUAUUACAGCAUUACAAGCUGACAUAAAAGUUUCUGGAUUACCAUUAAAAAUUAUAAUGGAGAGUCUUGAUCGAGCUAAUGAGGCCAAAAAUAAGAUUAUAAAUAUUAUGAACCAAGUAAUAGCAACACCAAGAAUUGAGAAAAAAGAUAAUAUGCCCAUUACUGAAGUUAUUGAUGUGCCAGUACAUCUUAGAGGAAAGCUGUUAGGGGUUGGUGGAAGUAAUGUCAAAAAGAUAUUUCUUCAAACAGGUGUUCAUAUAAACCACGAUGAAAAUACUCGAUUCGUUUUAUUUGCACCAAAUCAAACUGCAAUGAACGAGGCAAGAGAAACCAUCGACGAAAUACUCAAGCAAGAUCGUGAACCCAAAUUAGAAUUUGGAGGAAUUUACACUGCAACAAUCGUCGAAAUCAGAGAUGUAGGGGUGAUGGUAAUUCUUUAUCCUAAUAUGCCACCAGCUCUUCUUCACAAUUCUCAGUUAGAUCAAAGGCAAGUUACACAUGCGAGUGCACUUAAUAUGGAAGUUGGUCAAGAAAUACAAGUGAAAUAUUUUGGUAGAGAUCCAGCAUCCGGUGCUAUGCGACUAUCACGCAAAGUUCUGCAAACAACAAAUUUAGCUAUGAAAAACUUAAACAGGACUAAUUCCUGAAUUGAUGGUUCUUAUUUUUUUAUUACGUUGCGGUUUCAUAGCAUUUUUAAUAAAGUGUAAAGUGUGAAAGUUAUUGAUUCAUAUUUUUAUUAAUUUUUAAAUAUGCAAAUAUGUAAAGAUGUGAUCGUACAUUGUAAAUUCGCUAAACUUGAAAAAAAACUCCUAUUUUCUGUUUACCUUGUCGACACGAUGAUCGCAUUAGAAUAGAAAGUA